AUGGAUAAGAGAAGGGUAGUAAUAACAGGGGUAGGUGCAAUCACCCCGCUUGGUAUGUCGGUAGACGCCUUUUGGGCCAAUUUGGUGGCCGGAAAGUCGGGUAUCGGACCUAUGACGUUGUGUGAUCCCACGGGAUACCCGUGCCGCAUUGCGGGAGAAGUUAUCGAUUUUAAUCCCGCGGACUACAUUCCCAAUCGUGAAGCGCGUCGCAUGGCCAGGUUUUCCCAGUUAGCUGUAGCGGCUGGACUGAGGGCGGUCGAGGAGGCAAACUUCAAGAUAGACAAGGAAAAUCCAUACCGCGUAGGGGUAAUUCUUGGAAAUGGGAAUGGGGGUUUUCCCACCCUGGAAGAAAAUUGUCGCAUUCUGGCCGAAAAAGGCGGGAUGAGAAUGUCACCUUUCUUUUUUCCAAUGGUGCUUCCCAAUAUGGCGGCUGCAAAUGUGAGCCACUACCUGGGGGCCAAAGGGUACAAUUCCACCGCCACUACCGCUUGCGCCGCUUCCAAUCAAGCCAUAGGAGAGGCGUUAAGGUUGAUUCAAUACGGGGAGGCGGACGUGGCUUUUGCAGGCGGCACCGAAGCGGGAAUAAGCCAGUUGGGCUUGUCGGGGUUUGCCGUGAUGCGCGCACUGAGCACUAACAACGAAGCGCCGGAAAGGGCGAGCCGUCCCUUUGAUGCGGACCGGGAUGGGUUUGUUCCUUCAGAGGGUUCGGUAGUCUUGGUCCUGGAAGCGUUGGAACAUGCAAUUGCGAGAGGAGCCGAGAUCCGGGUUGAGUUGGCAGGUUUCGGAUGCACUGCCGAUGCCGGCCAUCUGGUCCAGCCGGAAGAAACAGGUAGCAGUGCCGCCCAGGCAAUGGGAUUGGCCCUCAAGGAUGCCGGCGUGGACCCAGACGAGGUGGAUUAUAUCAACGCCCACGGUACUUCCACCCCAUUGAAUGACGCUAUCGAGACCUUGGCGAUUAAACGGCUUUUUGGAGACAAGGCCUACCAGAUCCCCAUCAGCUCAACCAAGUCAAUGAUUGGCCAUUCCCUGGGAGCGUCCGGAUCCCUGGAAGCGGCAGCCUGUAUUCAGACCAUAACUUCUGGAAAGAUCCAUCCCACCAUCAACUAUGAUACCCCGGACCCAGAGUGCGAUUUGGACUACGUUCCAAAUGUUUUCAGGCAGAAGGAUGUUGGGGUGGUGUUAUCAAAUGCUUUUGGCUUUGGCGGUCAGAAUGCCUGCCUGGUAUUUCGAAAAUUUGAAGGGUGA